AUGACUGAAUUCAAGGCCGGUUCCGCUAAGAAAGGUGCUACACUUUUCAAGACUAGAUGUCUACAAUGCCACACAGUGGAAAAAGGUGGCCCACACAAGGUUGGUCCAAACUUGCACGGUAUCUUUGGAAGACACUCUGGUCAAGCUGAAGGGUACUCAUAUACAGAUGCCAACAUCAAGAAGAAUGUGCUAUGGGACGAAAAUAACAUGUCCGAGUACUUGACUAACCCAAAGAAAUAUAUUCCGGGUACCAAGAUGGCCUUUGGCGGAUUGAAGAAGGAAAAAGAUAGAAACGACCUUAUUACCUACUUGAAAAAAGCUUGUGAGUAA